AUGGCGCCUGCAGCAGAAGUUCUGUGGACGAUGGAUGACAUUAACGAGCUUCUUCACGCCAUGAGAAAAACUAUAGGACGCAAAGAACGAGAUAAAACUUGGAACGUGGGUCUGAAGGCUUUGGACUGGCGAGACGUGGCGUUUGGGGAUUUCUCCUCUGAAAACUGUCGAGACAAGUGGCAGGAGAUCAUGCAGAGGCUGCGGAAAAUCAAAACCCUCACUGAACUCAUCGUGGACGCUCAAUUCGCCAUCGAGAAUUCUCAAAUAAAGAUAGACCCAAAGAUGGAGUUGCCCAAAAAACCAGUUUCUGCAAAUGCUUUAUAUUUUGCGGAGAACAAGAGUCUUUUAAAGGAGCUGAACCCCCACAUGAACAGCCGAGAGCUCAUGAAGUUUGCUAAUGACUGUUACAAAAAGCUGCCGUCUGAGAAUAAGGUGAAAUAUGUGCAGAAAGUCCAGAAAGCUAAAAGGGAAUAUCAGGCAAAAAUAUGUGUUUGGAAUGAAGAAAACAAAAGAAAGAGGAUGGAACCAGACGAGGAGAGAGACAGUCAGAGAAGCAACAUCAGCGAGAAGCAGCAGCAGGAGGAGCCCGUCAAACACCCUCUGAAUGGCUAUAACCUCUUCUGCCGUGAUCAGAAGGCUCUUUUGUCUGGGGUACCUCAGAGAGAGAUUCCGUCUGUCUGGUCUCAACGAUGGAAAGAGUUGUCCCCAGAAGAGAAGAAGAAAUAUAGUGUGCGCUGUUUAGAGACGAAGCCCAAGGCCCAACGAAGUAUGACUAAUACUGGCACAAAGGAAUCUGGUGAGCCCGAAAUGCCAAAAAGAUCCAAGCAUCGCUCUGUACGAGAUCGAGACUUCGGUGCGUACAGUGAACAGCUCCAGAUUUGGUUCGAGACGUUGACUUCUGUUCAAAAGCAGGAAUACUGUGAACAAAACCCAAGUAAAAGUAAAUACCUGAAAAUGACAAAAUCGAGACGAAAAGUUCAUCAAACAUCAGAUUCAGAAGACGAAGAUUUGGAGAAGAGCGACUGCAGCGACUCUGACGACAUCUUGGAGGUGAUAAUUGGAGACGGUGAAGAGGAAGAGACCAUGUUUGAUCUGUUUUGA